GCCGCCCGCCUGCCCGCCUGCCCGCCUCUCGGCCUAGGAGGCUCUGCGCCCGCGCCCGCCUGCCAGCUCGGCCUUGCUAGGGACCGCGUCCCGCCCGGAGCCUGCCACCAUGAACAAGCUUUACAUCGGCAACCUCAACGAGAGCGUGACCCCCGCCGACUUGGAGAAAGUGUUUGCGGAGCACAAGAUCUCCUACAGCGGCCAGUUCUUGGUCAAAUCCGGCUAUGCCUUCGUGGACUGCCCCGACGAGCACUGGGCGAUGAAGGCCAUCGAAACUUUCUCCGGGAAAGUAGAACUGCAAGGAAAACGCCUAGAGAUUGAACACUCGGUCCCAAAAAAACAAAGGAGUCGGAAAAUUCAGAUCCGAAAUAUCCCACCCCAGCUUCGAUGGGAAGUCCUGGACAGCCUGCUUGCUCAGUAUGGAACAGUAGAGAACUGUGAACAAGUGAACACGGAGAGUGAGACUGCUGUGGUGAACGUCACCUAUUCCAACCGUGAACAGACCAGGCAAGCCAUCAUGAAGCUGAAUGGCCAUCAGCUGGAGAAUCAUGCCUUGAAGGUCUCCUAUAUUCCUGAUGAGCAGAUAGCACAGGGUCCUGAGAAUGGACGCCGAGGAGGCUUUGGCUCUCGGGGUCAGCCUCGACAGGGCUCACCUGUGGCAGCAGGGGCCCCAGCCAAGCAGCAGCAAGUGGACAUCCCCCUGCGGCUCCUGGUGCCCACCCAGUAUGUGGGCGCCAUCAUUGGCAAGGAGGGCGCCACCAUCCGCAAUAUCACAAAACAGACCCAGUCCAAGAUAGACGUGCACAGGAAGGAGAACGCAGGUGCUGCAGAGAAGGCCAUCAGUGUUCACUCAACCCCUGAGGGCUGCUCUUCUGCCUGUAAGAUGAUCUUGGAGAUCAUGCAUAAGGAGGCAAAGGACACCAAAACGGCUGACGAGGUUCCCCUGAAGAUCCUGGCCCAUAAUAACUUCGUGGGGAGACUCAUUGGCAAGGAGGGGCGCAACUUGAAGAAGGUGGAGCAGGACACAGAGACAAAAAUCACCAUCUCCUCGCUGCAGGACCUCACACUCUAUAACCCUGAGAGGACCAUCACCGUGAAGGGGGCCAUCGAGAACUGCUGCAGGGCUGAGCAGGAGAUCAUGAAGAAAGUUCGGGAGGCCUAUGAGAAUGAUGUGGCUGCCAUGAGUCUGCAGUCUCAUCUCAUCCCUGGCCUGAACUUGGCUGCUGUCGGUCUUUUCCCAGCCUCAUCCAGUGCAGUCCCGCCACCUCCCAGCAGUGUCACCGGAGCUGCUCCCUAUAGCUCCUUUAUGCAGGCUCCGGAGCAGGAGAUGGUGCAGGUGUUCAUUCCUGCCCAGGCGGUGGGCGCCAUCAUCGGCAAGAAAGGGCAGCACAUCAAACAGCUCUCCCGUUUCGCCAGCGCCUCCAUCAAGAUUGCUCCUCCCGAAACUCCUGACUCCAAAGUUCGUAUGGUCAUCAUCACUGGACCCCCAGAGGCCCAAUUCAAGGCUCAGGGAAGAAUUUAUGGAAAACUCAAGGAGGAGAAUUUCUUUGGUCCCAAGGAGGAAGUAAAGCUGGAAACCCAUAUCCGGGUGCCAGCAUCGGCAGCCGGCCGGGUGAUUGGCAAAGGUGGCAAAACGGUGAACGAGUUGCAGAAUUUGACAGCAGCUGAGGUGGUGGUGCCAAGAGACCAGACCCCUGAUGAGAAUGACCAGGUCAUCGUUAAGAUCAUCGGGCAUUUCUAUGCCAGCCAGAUGGCUCAGAGGAAGAUCCGAGACAUCUUGGCCCAAGUUAAACAGCUGCACCAAAAGGGACAGAGUAACCAGGCCCAGGCACGGAGGAAGUGACCAGCCCCUUCCCAUCAUAUCAACUCGAGGACGACGGGCUGAAAUUGAGAGCGCGUUCUCCCCAGCAGGCCUGAGAAUGAGUGGGAAUCAGGGACACUUGGGCCGGGAUGUAGAUCAGGUUUGCCCACUUGUUUGAGAAAGAUGUUCCAGUGAGGAACCCUGAUCUCUCUGCCCCAAACACCCAACCAAUUGGCCCAACACUGCCCAUCCCUCAGGGUGUCACCAUGGAAAUUCUAGCUCAGGGUGCUUUUAAACGUGGAUUGUUUAAGUAAGUUCUUCAGGUCCCACCAAGAGGGUGGGCCAGAUCCCAGUGGGAAGAGAAAUAAAAUUUCCUUCAGGUUUUUAAAACAUGCAGAGGGGUGUUUUAAUCAGCCUCAAAGGAUGGUUUGCUUCUUGACCCUAAAAUCCUUCCAGCCGUCUCCUGCUUGGUUUAUUGAUUAAAAUACCUCCAUUCUCAUGCCCUGACAUAGCCUCUUCCUACAUUCACACUAAUUGUUUUAUCUUGACUGCUACCAGAAAAAAUGGGAACUAGUACAUCGCUUAGCUUAUGUUAUUGACUCAAAGGGAGAAGACACAUCAGCAUCUGAAGUUUAAUUCCAAUCCCUCCCUAACCAACAGCAACGGCAAGGAAUAAAGAAUGGGGGAGAAAUGGGGAGAAAGAUGAUUAAAAUAUAGUAAUCCACGUUUAAAAGGAGUGCCCUUGUGGCUGAUCUAUUCCAGAUCACCAUGUUGGAAAAUUGGCACAAGUAAAAGUUCCCCCACUCUGCUGGGGCUUCCCCACCAAGAUUCUCUGCCCCAUUCACGUCCCUCUAACCAUAUAGACCCCGCAUCGUGUCCAGGUGCACAUGAGUGGUACUGAACGCCCAAUGGGAUAGGGGCUGACCACUGUACCGUCCCUGAUUCCCAUCAUUCUCAGGCAGAUUUUAUAUUUUUUUAAAGUCUAUUUUAAUGAUUGGAUAUGAGCACUGGGAAGGGGACACUGCUCCCCUUGAUAAAGUCUCAGUUCCAUGGAGGACUUGAGUGGCUGGCCCCAAAGGCCGCCACUGUGCCCUCACCCCAGCCCAUGUGCUCCCACGAGGGCUGGUUCCCAGAGGCAGGGGUUGCGGGGCACUCUCCCCCCCCCCGCCACGGCACUGUUCUUUUGGUGGUGGUGGGAUGUGGAACCCAACCCUGAGCUCCCAAUAAAGCUAAAGUUCAUCAUCUGGCAUAUUUUAUGAAUAUUCAGCAAAUCGGAGAGUAUUUGCUUCUGUUUUUAUCCUAGAGGCGUAUUUAACUGAUGGCUUCUGCCUCCAUGAAUCGUUGGCAUGGUGACAGGUGUGCCGAAAAAAAAACAAUUCAAAAUACCAGCAACAUAUUAUGCACAAAGGGGUACAUAAACUUAAUUUAUUAAUUUGCCAGCCUCAAUAAGGUCCCGUGUGAAGUUCAGCCCUGUGGAAGACGGGAGCCAUCAGUUAACUGAGGUUAGGCCUCCCCUCCUGAUGUACUUACUGUCGAUGCACAUGAGCCAGGUGGUGUCCUUUAACUACCUUGGACAAUGCUGCCGUGUGCUGGGAAGGGAGGAUGGCGUGGAGUCCCCUCCUCCCGACAUUGCAACAACAGUAACAACUAGACAACCGUGACGUGGGCGGAGUCGGUCAGGUAAUGCUGUGCGCAAGUAAACUACCUCAAGGUAUGAAGUUACCUCAGCAAUUACUUUCCUUUUUGUUCCCCCACCUCUUUUUUUUAAAAUCUUUUUUUUCUUUGCGGCUUGCUGAUAUUUUAUAUAAAAGAAGAAGAGCAAAGCAAAAGAGAAGCUGAUAGCCUUGAAAUAUUUUAUUUUUUUAAUGAAAAGAAAAAAAUGAGAAAGUUAUGUUUCAUAAUUUCUUAAUUUCUUACAACAUGAGCCAGUGCAACCCUUUAGGAACUCUCGGGAACAGGCCCCGUGGGAAAGGCCGUGGGACGCUCCUAGAGGGGAGGCCGGGCUGCCAGGGACCGUCCGGCCAGGUCCACCCGGCGCGGCUCGGACCUGUCUCCUGGGAACCCUGCCUGGUGUGCGUAGGAGACCCGCCGGGCUGUGGGCCCCCAGUGGCAAAACAAACCUCCCUGGCAUCCCCCCUCUCCCCCUUUGGUUAGAGGGCAUCCCACUUGGUCUUUCCCACCAGUGGUGCUGUUGAGAUAUUUUAAAGUAUUGCCUCCGUUUUAUCGAGGAGAGAAAUAAAACUAAAAAAAAAAAUGUACCCUAUAAAGUUUAUAUUUCUCUGUCUAAAAUAUGGGAGCCAAGAUUCUGUUGGUGGAAGAGACAAAGCUACCCCUCUAACCCUCCGAGAGGGCCACCUGGUCUGCCAUUGCAAUGCUUUUCAUUUUUGUUGUUUCAUUUCGAUCUCAUCUUGUUACUCUUCUUGGUCUAUGUCAAUAGACCAGGAGGCAAGCAGAGUCUUGGAUAACUGCUCCUCUCUGCUCCCCCUGUCUUUCGAUUGAUCUGACCGUGGACCCAAACUUAGGGAAUUCUUGAUUUAGGGUGGUGGGUGGCAGGGAGGAGCAAGGGAUGUGGGAACGUGUUUGGGGACAGGUCCCUCCUCAUUUAUCAUGUCUUACCACUUUCUUGCUGUGACGUUCCUUUUUAGCUUCCAGAACUGUCUACUCUAAAGAGAGGAGGAAGCAGGAAAGCAUUUAGGGAUAAUAUCAGGCCAGUAAUGAUUAAGCUUCCCACCUCUCCCAACCACAAUGAAGGGUCUCCCAACUUCCAUCUCUGGCUCUAUAUGCUUUAUCCCAAAAUGAAGCAGACAAUGUUCAGACAUUGGCCAUUAAGUGAUUUAAGAUGAAUUUCCAGCAGCAAGCAUGCUUUGAUACCUGGUUCAAACUACCAUCAGGAAAAAAAAUCCCGCAGUACCUGAAACGUGAUUGUUGCAGUGUUCAGUUUCCUUGGGAUCCUGCUCCCUUCACACCUUAAGUCCAGGUCCUUUUCCUUUGGCUGAUUCAGCUCCCGGGAGAGGCCAGGAAGUGUGGCAAGGGACUGACAAACUUGACUAGGAUUAGGCACAGCUCCACUCAUGAUAUUUGCCCAGCAGGAAAAUCGUGAAAGUUACACUACCAGAAAGCAAAAGGAAUGUGGUUUGGUGGUUAAGGUUUAGCGGGAUAAAGGGCUUGUCUUGGUGGGUCUGCCUUCAGACCCAUAGGCUAGGUCUUGGGCAAUUCCUUGCCCUCCUGCACGUCACCUCCAUUUCCCAUCCUUGCUGAGAUGACAAGCAAUCUAACGUGAAAAGCACUUGGGAGAUUUGUAUGAUCUGAGAAAAGCGACUUCUGUGCUCUAAUAUAUAUGUGUGUGUGUGUGCUACAUAUAUAUUUUUAAGAAAGGACCAUCUCUUUAGGAUAUAUUUUUUAAUUCUGUGGAACACGUGAAAAACCAAAAUGGUUUGAUUCACUGACUUUGAAACUGCAUCUGACAGUUAUACCCCAGUGGCUUUAAUCCCCUCGAGGGUCUGGUUGCCUUUUGCAGUUUGGGUUGUGGACUCGGCUCCUGUGAGGGGUCUGGGUGGUAGAGAGCCAUGCUUAGGGACAGGGAGUUUUAUCACCUUCUACCCUUUUCUCCCCUCCUCCCAGUCCUUCUCAAUCUUCUUUCCUUUCCCUGGAGCUCUCCACCUUUGGAGGCAGUUGGGAGCUAUUCCCUUAGUUAUGCCUCACUAUUGGCAGAAAGACCCCAUGUAGAACCCAGAGAACACUGGAUGGGACACUCCAGUUGGUUCUUUGUGUCCGUUUUCCUCUGUGCCAAAGACAGACAGACAGAGGCUGAGGAUGCCAUUUCUGAAUGAAAGCAAUAGCCAUUUUUCACACAGACCUGGGCUGUCUGAGAAGGAGAGGGCUCCUGGGACUGUGAGCUAAAGACAGGACCCUUCCUUUCUGAGGCUCCUGGGGGAUGUGGGGGCCAUACGUGCCAAGGGGUAGGGAGCUGAGAAAGAAUUCCGAUGGCUCCUGGUUGCACUUUGGGGAUGGAGGGGAAGUUUGUGGCUCCUCCACGUGGGACUUCUCUUUGUCCCCUGCCCCCACUGCAAAGAUAGCACCUGAGUUCCCUUCAGGCCGGCAGACUGGCGGAGAGGAGGGGCCUCAGUUAACUCUCAAGGGUGCCUUCCCCUCCUCCCGCUCCAGACAUAUCCUCUGCCAAACUGGGAACCAGCAGUGCUAUGUAACUACCUCACAGAGCCCCAGAGGGACUGCCUAGUCACCCCCUUCCUCCUGCCUCUCCUCCAGGGGUGGGAGAAUCUCCUUUCUUCCCCCCACCCCACCCCUGAAGUGUUUAUGGGGAGAUCCUAGUGGCUUUGACAUUCAUACCAUGCAGCUGUUUUGCCUGUUUGUUGAAAACUGGUAGAAGAAUAGUACAGCCUGACAGCAGGAAGAUGGAAGAAAAAUUCUCAAUGCCAGGGGACAUAAAGCCCUUUCCCUUCCAAACACUUGAUUUAGAUGCAGAACAUUUCUCUUGUAUUCAGACUUAGAGCAACACCAGCCGAGAACUUCAUUUUCUUUCCUUUGGAUGCAUAAGGCUUCUCUAUGGGGUGCAGGACAGGGAGGAGGCCUCAUGACCGAAGGUGGAUUUGGAGGGUGAGGGCCAGAGCCCUGACCCUCGGCCCUCCUUGGGGGCACAGUCUGAUGGCACCAUUACUGGUGCCUUCAUAUGGUUGAAUCCGGACUGACAAGACGAAAGAAUUUUUUUCUUAAAUGAAAUAGCAGGAAGCUCCUUGGGAGCAUGUGUUUUGAGUAACCACAGGUGAUGGAUGCUACGAGUAUAAAUGGAUUAACUACCUCAGUCCUUACAGUAAGAUUGGAACCAAGGGCAGGGACUCGUGCAUAGGGCAGGAAUCCCAGCCAGGAGGAGUGAGUUGAGGCUUGUGCCACAAACGGUUUGUCCUUGAGGAGCGGGGGCAGGUCUGCCAGAAUGCCCCCACUUAUAAUUGGGUUGGGAGGGCUGGCCAUUAGCCCCCCCCAUUUCUGCCUUCUUUGCCCUGGGGUCCCAUGUUUCACCCCUUUCCCUCCAGCUUGUCCCUCUUACUUGCUAUUUCUUUGUUGGAACAGAAGGUGAGGAGAGGAAUCGCCUCCUUCCAGAGGGGGCUGGCUGGAGGUGAAAUCUGGGGCUUGGCCCAGAACUCCCCACUCAGCCCCAAAGCCAGGAAGCCUGGGGAAGCCAGAGCUAAGACCUCUUCAGCAGGGUUUCUCUGAGAUGCGCCACCUCCGCUCAGUCUUCACGGAGCCCGUUGGCUCUAGAAGGAAAAGAGGUGGAGCAGGAUCCUUUGUCCUGACAGUCUGAGGGCCAGGUCCUCUGGUCACUCAGGUGUCUUUGUAGUCUGGGGAGUCCACUGGGCCAUCCCAGCCCCUCCCCACCCUCUAAUGAAUGGACCUCCUCCUAGAAGCCCCAUUUCACUUUUGUUUUAUCUACCUCUUAGCAAGACAAUAGAGAAAAGUUAGGUAGUGGCAACUCCACUUGCUUAGGUUAGGGGGGCGGGAAAAGAUUUCUUUUUCCAAAGGAAAAAAAAUAUUACCUUAAAAAUACUUUCCAAAAAAUACUAAAAACCAAAAAAAAAAAAUAAAAAAUUAAAAAAAAAGGAGACAUUUUCCAGUAACUGCUGGAUUAUUUUAAUUCCCCAAACUUUUCUCUUUCUUUUCCCCCGUAAAUAAGUUUCACUCUUUGGCAAUUUUCUCCACUCAUUUAAGAUGAUGUGCUAUUCUUAACAGGUACAGCUUUCACAGUGGGCCCCCUGGCCUGCCCCUGCCCCCAUACCCCAUUCCUGCCCGUGAGUCCUCCCUGUGCUUCUCACCUGUUACCCCUCCCCACCCCCAGCAAGAACCAUGGCUUUGUGUGAGUUGGGGUGCUUUUAGGUCUUGAUUCACCAGUGGCGGUUGGGGGCCCACUUGUAACACUUUUGUGUAAAUUUUAUGUAACCCACUGCAAUGGAAAGAUAAGAUGAAUUUCAGCAGAUGAGUUAGCAGCAUGAAUAAAUACCUUCCACCAUUUGGAUUCUCCCCUGUCUCCAACAUCUUGAUCUUGGUCCCAGAAAUCAGUUAGUCGAAAGAGCCCCCCUCCCCUGAGGCAAAGUGAAUGGGUACGUAAGAGAUGUCUCCCACUCAGGACAGUGAGAAAUGUGUUGUGAUGGGGCUGGAGGGGGACUGGAGUUUGUGACAUUGCUACCCUAUUCUGUAAAUGUGGCCACUUUGAAAAUUGUACUUCGCUGGGAACUUGCCAGCCAUCACUGCCCGGAUUUGAUUGUACCCUUUCUCCCACCCCUUAAUCUGGUCUUGACUUUGUCCCGGGGGAGGUGGGGCAGCUGGCUCAGACUUUUGGAGUUUGUUCUUUUGCUGGGUGAGCACUCCAGUGUCAGCCACAAACCACUUCAUUCCACUAUUUCAAUUUCAAAAUAAAAGGAAACUUAUAUUGAAA